AUGGGGUCCGGAUGCUGCUCCGGUGGCCCUGCCAAGGAUCAGGGGUGCAGCGGUGCUUCCACCGAGGUUCGUCAUGGACACGACCACGAACAUGACGAUGGCCACGAUCACGCUCAUCAGCCUCAGCCCGUCUGCAACGACGUCGAAGGCUGCGACGGUGCCCAAGACGUGACUUGUCUCGACGAAGACUGCGACGCCGAGACCUACUGCGACGCCGAGGACGACUCUACUUGCCGCUCCGCCAAGCUCGAGUGCUGCACCUCCAAGGAAGAGCACUGCGAUGAAAAGUGUAUCAUUGCCGCUGCCGCCGUCGAGUGCGAGAAGGCCUGCGACGACGAUGACGCCCACGACGCCGCUGCCGACCACAAACACGUCCACGACAAGGACGGCCACCACCAGGCCUCGGCUUGCAGCACUCACAUCACCAAGGCUUUCGAGCAGUACAGCGCCUAUCUCGAGUCGGCCCGUUGCAUCUGUCGCAGCAUUCUCGAUCGCGGCCUUCCGACCGUUUGCUGCAGUGAGCAGCAAACUGCUACAGUUGCUGCCGCCGCUGCCGCUCCCGUCUCGGCUCCCACUGCCUCGCAGACACGUCGCAACAAGACCGAAGCCCAUACGACCGCCCAUUCUCAUGACCAGCACAAGCAUCAUCAUCACCACGGCAUUAAGAGACGCGGCAAGAAGAAGUCUGCGCACGAUCAUGACAUGGACAUUAAGCCCGUCCGCGACCACCAGUCCGACUGCUGCAGCGGACACGAUGUUCACCUCCCAUCGGCUCUCGACUCGGGGAGGCCCCUCCGCACCUUCGAUGGUGAGAAGGACGUCGAGAGGGACGCUGGUUUGGAGCAGGUCGCUCUCGUCGUCGAUGGCAUGGAUUGCUCUGGAUGCGGCAACAAACUCGAGCGUGCCCUCAAGGCUAACCCCGGCGUCUCUGGCGUCCGCGUCAACUUCGUCAUGGGCAAUGCCGAGUUCAGCUUCGACAGCACCACGGGCAAAGUUGAGGAUGUUAUUCGAAAUGCAGAGCGAGCCUCUGGCCUGCACUGCACCCGAAUGUCCAGCGACGACCAGACGCUCGACGUCCUUGUUUCGGGUGCGGCCGCGAAGGCAGUGGCCGACUUGGCGAUCAUUGGCGUUAGCGAUGUCGACGUUGUUGACUCGAAGAUGGUCAGGGUUACCUACGAUCCCACCGUCAUUGGCGCGCGAACCCUUCUCGAACGAAUCGGUUCUCUCUCGUCUGGGUUGGCACCUCCGCGUGACGACCCUGCGGUUGCCAGCGGAAGAAAGAGGAUGUAUGAUCAGUUGACCAAGACUGUGAUUGCCGCAGUCUUCACUGUACCUGUUGUUGUUCUCGCAUGGGGCGUCGAUCUCGUCACUCCUCAGACGCGCUCCAUCGUCUCGAUUGUACUUGCGACGUUUGUUCAACUCGUUGCUGUACCGGAGUUCUACAAGCCGGCCAUUUCAGCUCUGAUCUACAGUCAUGCCAUCGAGAUGGACAUGUUGGUGGUCAUCAGCAUCACUGCCGCCUAUGUCUACUCCGUCGUGGCCUUUGGUCUACGCCAAGCUGACAAGAGCCCGGAGGGCCAGCAAGGAGAAUUCAAAGAGUUCUUCGAGACCAGCACUCUUCUCGUCACUCUGGUCUUGCUGGGUCGCUUUGUUGCAGCCUUUGCCCGCAUUCGAGCUGUGGCUGCCGUCUCGCUGAGAUCUCUGCAAGCCUCCACCGCUGUCAUUGUUGAGGGCGGGAGAGAUGUGGAGAUUGACGCUCGACUUCUUCAAUACGGCGACAAAUUCAAAGUUCUUCCGCACUCCACGGUGCCUACUGAUGGUCUGGUGAUCAGCGGCUCCAGCGAGGUGGACGAGUCUAUGUUGACCGGCGAAAGCGUUCCGGUUUUCAAGAAGCAGCGCGACAAUGUCAUUGCUGGUACAGUCAACGGAUCCGGCACGCUCACAGCGCAGCUUACGCGUUUGCCUGGCAAGAACACCGUUACUGAUAUUGCCGAGCUUGUUGAGGACGCGGCCAACUCCAAGCCCAAGAUUCAGGACAUUGCCGAUCGUGUGGCUAGCUGGUUCGUGCCUGUCGUCGCAACCAUUGCUGUCGUCGUCGUCAUUGUCUGGCUUGUUGUUGGCUUGCGAGAUGAUUCUAUCUCAGACCGGAAAGCCAUAUCCAACGCUGUCACUUAUACCGUCGCUGUCUUGGCUGUGUCUUGCCCCUGCGCUCUCGGUCUCGCCGUUCCGAUGGUCCUGGUAGUUGCAGGCGGUAUUGCGGCUAAAGGGGGUGUCGUCAUCAAAUCCGCGGAAUGCACUGAACGAGCUCGCAAAGUGACCGACGUUGUUUUUGACAAGACCGGCACCAUCACCGAGGGUGACCUGGAUGUCCUCGAGGAAGAGUAUCUCAUCGCCGAUCAUGACCAAGCUCGCGCCAUAACCAAAGCUCUUGUCGCUGGUAACAAGCACCCUGUCUCCGCGGCCAUCGCCAAACAUCUCUCUCAACGCGCAACGCCUGACAUCAAGCUCACUGAACCGCGCGUCAUUCCCGGAGCUGGUGUGGAAGCCACUGUUGAUGGUCAUGCCAUUUGCGCCGGAAACCCUGCCUGGACCAAUGUCGAUUCUUUGCCUGCCGUUACCCGUCUUCAGGACGCCGGCAUGACUCUUCUUGUUGUCACCAGAAACUCUGCACCCAUCGCUAUCUUCGGUCUGCGUACUCGCCUUCGCUCCGAAGCGGUCAAGGUUAUCAAGCAACUCAACAACCGCGGUAUCGCUGUUCAUCUCGUUUCUGGUGAUCAGAAGCGCGCUGUAGAGUCGGUUGCGGCGCAGGUCGGCAUCCCCAACGUCGCUUCUCAACGAACGCCGGCUCAGAAACGCGAGCAUGUGGCUUCGCUCAUGUCGGAGGGAAAGUUCGUCAUGUUUGUCGGCGACGGUACCAACGACGCGGUGGCUGUCACCCAGGCGGAUGUCGGAGUUCAGUUGGGCAGCGCUGCGUCGGCGAGCGACGUCACGCGUGGAGCCGCAGACGUGGUCCUUCUCGCAGGUUUGGAGGGUAUCCCCUUCUUGCUUGACGUGAGCGGCGCCAGUUUCAGACGCAUGGUGUUCAACUUUGUCUGGUCGGCCAUCUACAACGUCCUCGCCAUCCUUCUGGCAUCUGGAGCCCUCUCGCAGCUUGAAGUUGCCGGAAGACCUGUCUCGAUUCCUCCCGAGUACGCCGGCCUAGGUGAGAUUGUCAGCGUCUUGCCCGUGAUCGCGGCCGCCAUGACGAUGAUGAACAAGAAGAUCCGAACCGAGGCCUAG